AUGCUUCUCGUCUACCAAGUCGGGAGCGUCAAGAUUGGCGAGGUUGUCCGCUAUACCGUCACCUAUACACCCUCUCAAGAUCGAAUCCUGCCUUCGCCCGAGCGCCUCUACCUGCGCGUCCGCAACACCUCAGCAAUCGCCCUUCGCGCCGCCUUCGUUCACGGCCCCUACACUCUUUCCGCCGCCGCUUACCCCUCCAACUUCGACCCCAACGUCAAGUUCGCCAACCCCCGUCGCUAUGGUGUUCCCGAAUUCGAACCCAUGCUCAAGGCUGGCGGUUCCUGGGAGAGCGAACUGAUUGUUCCAGAGCAUAUAAGGCAGAGUGCCGGGACCGGAGGAGGCAGUCAUUUUGGCGGAUCCCCGGACCACGAGACCGAAAGCGCAACGUGGAUCGUCGAGGUAUCUUCACAAGUCAUCUUCUCGACUUCGGCUGCCGUGGGCUACGAGGUGACAAUAGCAAGAGAUGCCAAGUCCCUGAAUUUGAGCUACUCUCUGCCCGUCAUUGGCGGCCAGGCGCAGGUACCGCAACCCGGCAAGGUCGCCGACUUUCAGCAGAGCCUAGGUGCCAAGGACGGACAUCAUCCGGCGCAGCCGAAGGGCGUCUUCUCCAAAGCCAUCGAGCUCAAGGUUGAGGACACGGCCGCAUUGUGGAAUACUCCGAGGCUUCCGGGCUGGGAUGAUCUCAACAUUGACCGUCUCAAGAGCCGACCUCGUAAGGACCAGCCCGUCGAGAGUGUCGCCCACGAUAGCAGUGCUCCGACAGAAAAGAACCCCGAAGAGAAGCAAAAGAAGGUCCAUUUAGUGGUCUUGACCCAUGGCUUACACAGUAACCUCGGAGCAGACAUGCUCUAUCUCAAGGAGAGCAUUGAUUCUACGGUUGCCCAGGCCAAGAUUGACGCCAAGGCUAGACGUGCCAAGGAGCGUACAGAAAGAAGAAGCAAAGAACAAGCCGAUACGAACGGGGCCAGCUCUUCACAGGAGACUGCACCCGAAGAUGACUCCCCUGCAGAGGACGACGGAGAUGAUGAGGAAGUCAUUGUUCGAGGCUUUUCUGGCAAUGCGACAAGGACGGAGAGGGGCAUUAAAUACCUGGGUAAGAGACUGGCUAGAUACGUUCUCUCCAUGUCCUACCCCGAUCAGCCCUUCCUUCCGUCCAAGAAAGGACACGCCGAAUCAGCAGUCGCUGCCGUUUUUAACAAAUCUGAACCAGACAGCAACAAGGCAGCCCACAAACACAGCACUAUACACAAAGAAGAGAUUCAAGAGAAGCGUCCCUUUACCAUUACCAGCAUCAGUUUCAUUGGACAUUCACUGGGUGGAUUGAUACAGACAUACGCCGUUGCAUACAUUCAGAAACACUCCCCAGAGUUCUUCAACAUUAUCAAACCGAUCAACUUCGUUGCCCUUGCCACGCCUUUUCUUGGUCUCAGCAACGAGAACCCUCUCUAUGUCAAAUUUGCCCUCGACUUCGGGUUGGUUGGCAGAACCGGCCAGGAUCUUGGCCUAACCUGGAGGGCGCCGACCAUCGCAAGGAGUGGGUGGGGGGCAAUCGUCAGUAACCUCGGAGAGAGCGCACACAAGAGAGUCAUGGGAGAAGUUCAGCCAGAGUCGAAGCCUCUGCUUAGGAUCCUGCCGACGGGACCGGCCCACACUGCCCUGAAAAAAUUCCGCAACCGGACGGUGUACUCCAACGUCGUCAACGAUGGCAUUGUGCCACUCAGAACUAGCUGUCUCUUGUUCUUGGACUGGCAAGGAUUGGGACGCGUGGAGAAGGCCCGGCGAGACGCUGGCUUGGUUGAGACUCUGGUCGGUGCCGGUUGGGCUGAACUGACCGGCGGUAGCUUGGCUCCCACACCUCGGAGAACUAGUAUGCUCCCUCCGGAAGAAGAUGCGACGCCCGACGACCAGUCCGGCAACAUCACCCCCACGGCCCCGUCCAAUGCUGUCGAGGUUCCACAGCCACCGCGGAACGCAAUGAUGGAAGAUGACAGGGCCAGUUUGCGGUCUGUUCCCACGCCUUAUAAUGAAGAUGGACCCGAGGGCGGGAAAGACGCAAAUCGUGGUGGACCAUUUGCCGGCUUCUUCUCCAUGUUCAAAAGCAGCGACUCCUCGCAGCCCAAGGCACCACCCAUAUCCAACAAGCAACACAAGAUUUACAGGAGAAGUCAGACCAUCAAUUUUGACGAGAUAUCACAGUCAUCUGGUGGCUCCUCCAAGGUCACUGCCGGCCACGAACUUGAAAGAGGAGAGAACCGGCAUAUUGCCCCGCCGAGAACGAGCUUCUUCGAGUCCGCUCACGACCUGAUCAACCCCAAAAUUCCUACCACCGAAUACCUGAUAGACCCAUCCAAAAGGCCUCGCGCAAUUUUCCACGACCGUGUCUACCAGCCCGCUGAUAUUCCGCCUCCGCCGUUGAAGAAGAAACCCACGGGAUCGUUGGCUUCUCGGAGAGGCACGUUCCGAAGGGCCGCCUCAACUGGCUCUGGAGGGUCGAGGACUAGUACGGACUCGUCUCCGCAUCCAUCUCACCGGUUUUCACAUGAAGGUACCAUGGACUCAAUCAGAGACUAUGAUGACACAGCGAACACAAACCCGAACAAGGGCGCCGAUGAGGAGAUUGACGCAUCGCAGAUGCGGGUUGAAGAGAAGAUCGCACGCGCUUAUCAUCGUGGACUCGCUUGGAGGAAGGUCUUGGUCAAGCUAGAGCCAGACGCUCACAACAACAUCAUCGUUCGUCGAAUGUUCGCCAAUGCCUAUGGUUGGCCUGUGGUGAAGCAUCUCGUCGACGCCCACUUUAGCGACUCCGCUACGGCGAGGACACGUGAUGCUGACGAGCCAACUGGUGAAAGAGCUAAUAAUAUUAACCUGCCGCCUAAUAAGUUUGGCGAUGAGGUCAACGAUAGUGGUGCUUCGUUCAACGGAGAUGGCGCGAGCGAUGUUCUGGGGACGGCGCUACUGUCUCCCAACUCCCAGAGGGAGGCGGAAGACAUGGUCCCUGACAUGCAGCCACCCCCGAAGCGCCGCUCGUCAUCCCGGAGCUCCUCAGCCAGUCCGCCGAGGGCAAAUCGGCCUCCACGGCCGCCUGAGCGUGUCGACUCGGUUACGUGGAGCGAACGUGACUGGGCGGACAGUGAUGAUAGCGAUACUACAACGACAGCCAGUGCAAGAAGUCCCUCGUCACCGACAGGCCCCAAAGACAAGGACAAGGCGCGAUCGUCGACGCCGCUCGGAGGCUGGAAUUGGACGGAGAAGAUCGUUGGUAGGGCAAGUCGCAAGUCAUCACCCAGGCCAGAAAAGACGGAUGCCACCACGGUGACGACGCCAGCCAGCUAG